UCAGUGGGAUUUCAUCGUGAGUGGAGCUAAAUUGCUUGGUGAGACGAUAGACGUGUGUGUGCAAGAGGCAAAAAAAAUAUAGGGGACAAGAAGUCAACCACGAGAAUUGAGUGAUUUGAAUGAGAUUUCCCGGAGUGUGUGAUAACAUUCGCGGACUUUCCACUGGGAGAAUAUCACUUUUUAAGCGAAAGUGUAUCAGUUUAAAAAGACCAUUCUAACGAGUAUAUAAUUUUAUUAAAAGGACAGUGUCAUUGUUCAAAAAGGACAAAUAUGUUUGAACAGUAGAGUGAGUGACGAGGGAUAGCGCGGGACAGAUGAAGAAACUCUUAUGUACUUUAUAUCAAUUAUGGUUAAUGCUAACAUGAUGGAAGUAAUAGUGGCGUACAAGUGAAGUAGAAAAAAAACUAUAUCGACGAGCAAGGAGGAAAAAAAAGUGAACAGGUGUUGUGGCAUAACAAUUCCCACAACAUCCCCACAUCUAAACCCUUUUUAAAUUCAUAAACACCAAAGGGGGUGAUUUUUUUGUGCUACCCACAAGCUCCAUCGUUCUAAUUUGAACCCGGAGGCACAUAAACCAAACUCAGGAUGGCGUCGUCGGCUCUGUCAACAGUCGCGGGACCAGCGGCAGCGGCUGUGGCUGUUGCUGUGCCAAUUGAGAGUCAGAAGCAGCAGAAGGAUCAAAGCCCCAGGAAUACGGCCUCGCUAUCGGCCUCACCAACUGUGGGCGGGAGUGUUAAAACCUACGUUCAGCUGGGUGCCAUUGAGGUGUCCAAAGCACUCCAGGAAGGAGAAAAAUUCAUCAAGUGGGAUGAGGAUUCUGGAUCUGGCACGCCAGUCACAUUGCGGGUGGAUGCAAAGGGAUUUUACUUAUAUUGGGUUGAUCAAAACAAUGAAAUGGAUCUACUCGAUAUCGCGACUAUAAGGGAUGUGAGGACAGCACAAUAUGCCAAGAAACCGAGGGAUACAAAAUUACGCCAAAUAGUUACGAUGGGAUCACAAGACACAUUAGAGGAGAAAACAGUAUCCGUUUGCUAUGGAGCAGAUUUUGUAAAUAUGUCAUUCAUCAAUUUCUGCUGCACAAGGAAAGAUAUUGCACAGCACUGGACAGAGGAAUUGUUGCGAUUGGCCUUCAAUAUGACUCAACUGAAUGGAUCGGCCGUCAUGUAUCUACAAAAGGCUCACACUAAACUCUGCCUCCAAGUGGAUAAAGUUGGCAAAAUUCCCGUAAAGAACAUCGUGAAGAUGUUUGCUGUGAAUAAAGAUGACAGGAGACGUGUUGAGAAAGCCAUGGAUAUAUCUGGAUUCCCUUCUGGCAAGGGUGAAUCUCUUCUGCCAAAUAAAUUUCAAUUUGAAGACUUUUUCAAUCUCUACAAAAACCUGACGCAGCGUUUGGAAUUGGAGAAAAUCUUCGAAGAGCUCUGCAGUUCUGGCAACACAAAAAGGCAUUUGAUGUCCACAACUCAGUUGGUUGAUUUCCUCAAUAAAACUCAGCGUGAUCCACGCCUCAAUGAGAUUCUUCAUCCGUAUGCAAAUCCCGCGAGAGCUAAAGACUUGAUAGCUGAGUACGAGCCGAAUAAAUUUAACGCCCAGAAGGGUCUCUUGAGUUUCGAUGGUUUCUUGAGGUACCUAAUGUCUGAGGAUAAUCCAAUAAUAGCUCCAAGCAAAUUGGACAUUUGCGACGACAUGGAUCAACCGCUGUCGCACUACUUUAUUAAUUCCUCCCAUAAUACCUAUCUCACUGGCCAUCAAAUCACUGGGAAGAGUUCUGUUGAGAUUUAUCGACAGUGCUUACUGAUUGGAUGCAGGUGUGUUGAAUUGGAUUUUUGGAAUGGUAAACUCGAGGAGCCUGUUAUUGUUCAUGGAUAUACGUUUGUUCCUGAAAUUACGGCGAAGGAUGUACUGGAAGCAAUAGCUGAGAGUGCAUUUAAAACUUCAGACUACCCUGUGAUAUUAAGUUUUGAAAAUCAUUGCAAUACUAAACAACAAGCCAAAAUAGCAAAUUACUGUCGAGAUAUUUUUGGUGAUAUGCUGUUAGAUAAAUGCCUGGAUUCACAUCCUCUGGAGCCAAAUGUCGAACUACCUCCGCCAUCGAUGCUGAAGCGUAAGAUAAUCAUAAAGAAUAAGAAGAAGCACCACCAUCACCAUCAUCACUACAAGAAAACUGCGGCUGCUGUGGCAGCAGCAGCGGCGGGUGCUGCAGCAAAUUCUGGUGCUACAAACCAGAAUAGCGGUGGUGUCCCUGUAGGCAGUGCAACAGGUGGUGUUGGAAGCGAUGAGAUGCUUCAGGCAUUACCAACAACUUCAACUGUACUCACCGGAAAUGGAGAUUUGCCACAUCAUGCCCCACCACUUCAGCAAAUACGCCAGAGUUCCAAGGAGAGCACCGGAUCCUCAGACACGGAUAGUUCUAGUGAUGAUGAAUCCAUGCCUGGGUCAACGGCUAAUGCUCCCGGUGGUGCGGAUCAGAGGGAUAAAGUACAACAAGCUAAAGAGACUGAAGCUGGUGCUGAAAUAUCAGCGCUCGUUAAUUACGUUCAACCCGUGCAUUUUAGCAGUUUUGAAAAUUCUGAAAAAAAAAAUCGCUACUACGAGAUGUCGUCAUUUGAUGAGAAACAAGCCACAACCCUGCUGAAGGAGCGCCCAAUUGAGUUUGUAAACUACAAUAAACAUCAACUAUCACGGGUCUAUCCGGCUGGGACGCGUUUCGAUAGUUCCAACUUUAUGCCGCAACUCUUCUGGAAUGCCGGCUGCCAGUUGGUGGCACUCAACUACCAAACCCUCGAUCUCGCCAUGCAACUGAAUUUGGGCAUCUUUGAGUACAACCGCGGCUGUGGAUACCUGUUGAAACCGGAAUUUAUGCGCAGAACAGACAGGCGUCUCGAUCCUUUUGCCGAGAGCACUGUGGAUGGCAUUAUAGCUGGUACAGUAUCGAUAACAGUGCUGUCUGGUCAAUUUCUCAGCGACAAGAAGGUGGGAACGUACGUUGAAGUAGACAUGUAUGGGCUACCAGCGGACACAGUGAGGAAAAAGUUUCGUACAAAAAUAGUCCGAGACAAUGGAAUUAAUCCUGUCUACGAUGAAGAGCCAUUUGUCUUCAAAAAGGUCGUUCUUCCGGAGUUGGCGUGCGUGCGAAUCACAGCGUAUGAAGAAGGUGGCAAGUUUAUUGGUCAUCGUGUUCUUCCUGUCAUUGGACUCUGUCCAGGAUAUCGACAUCUCUCUCUACGCACGGAAAUAGGUCAACCUCUCACCCUGGCAUCGCUUUUUCUCUGCAUUGUCGUCAAGGAUUACGUCCCGGACGGAUUAUCGGACUUUGCCGAGGCUCUUGCUAAUCCAAUUAAGUAUCAGAGUGAAUUGGAGAAACGCGCUGAACAGUUGGCAGUCCUUACGGAGGACAUGGAGCCCACGACUGAAGAUGAUGUUCCAAAUAGCUGUCCAAAGAAAGAGCUUAAAGUCAGCGAGGGGAUUUCGGGGAGUCCCAAACAACGGGUCAGUGUUGCACCCACAUCAUCGCUAAGUGUGGAAGUUCUUGCCGAUGGGGAUUCCGAUGUGUCUUACAACGCAUCAGCUGCUAGUGGAAGUUUUCAACCAAUGAGCGCAACAGCAGUGUCCAGCACAAGUGUCUCCUCGACUGUUGUUCAACAAAGUUCAAUAGAUCAAUCAAUAUCCACUUCGAGUAAAUCCGUUGAGGCAACCGAAGCAGAUGCAAUUGUGGCUGAACCAUUGGGAAAGAUUCUCGAGCACAAACUAAUUCGCGAAAAAAGGUGUGAAAUGGAGAAAAAACUUGAGAGUUUGCGAAAGAAGCACGAUAAGGAGAAGGUGCGGGUGUCGGCACAGAAAAAUAGCGAACAGAGUGAUAGAAAAUCCAAAUUUUACAUGAGCAAUAAACUCGUGAAGCGUCUUAGCAGCAAAAAUAUUAGUGAUACAAAUCUUCAGGUUCCACCGUGCCCGAGUGAUAUUUUGGAAUCUCCGGAUGGAGAAGGUGAGGAACGAGCAGGUAUAACAAGGAGCCAUUCUGAGAGACUGUUGGAUGUUUGCCGAGAAUACGCCACUGCCUAUAGAGAAAUUCAGGAGAAGUACCACGAAAUAAUCUACAACACCGCUGAGAAAGUUCUCAGAAACUCCCAGGCAAACCAAAUGAAACGUCUUCGGACGCUCCUGGAGAAGGAGACGAGCGAAGUAAUGCGGAAGUUGCAGAUGGAUCGGAGGAAUGAGGUGAAAGCCCUUGCCAGGGUGCAUCGGGAUCGCGAUGAAUUGGUGCGAAUGAAGCGUGAAGUAGCAUCCUCCCUUGUUGGGCGGGGUGUUACGGAAAGGGUACGCCUAACUCAGGCCUUUGAGAAGCGUCGCGAUGAGUUGCAACGUCAGCAUGAUGCCGUGCGAAAUGCUCUUGCGGAACACAGAGCAAAGGCGAGAACUCUGCUGGAAAAGGAAUCUGAAUCUCGCUCAUGUAUCUCAUCAGAUGGUUUUUUGGUGCUGUUUAAUGCAUCUGGUGCGGAAAACAGUCAAACAUCUUCCGGUGUUAAUAAUAGUGCAGGUAUGCACAUUGAAUCUCUCUAAAGUUCACCUACGUAAUGCAAAUAAAAACGUCUACAAAUCCACAGGUGUUGGAUUUUUUUUUUAGAAUACAUACGGUGAAAUUAAAAAAAAAAUGUGAAAACAGUAUUUAAAGGCCUAAUAAUGCAACACUAGUAAAACAAAAAAAAAAGGAGAUGUAAAUUAUAUAAAAGAAAAAAAACUGAAAAAUAACAAAAACCAGCUUAAUUUUAUCUGUGGUUAGAAAUUUUCCCAUUUGUAGGAAAUUAAAUUGAAAAGAAAAAAUAAAA